AUGCUGGGAUCUACAAAUCAAUUAAGUAAAUCAAUUAAAAAAGACUUUAGAACCCUCACGGUCACCCCCAACCCCUUAGAAAACACAAACCCCUUCUCGAAAAUGCAGAUAUAUGUGAAAUUGACAGUUGUAACUCUGAUAGAAUUCGCUGCAUGCGGUCAUGGAUCAUUGAAUAACCUGGAUAAACAACUACAAAACAUACUCCAACACUACAGGGGAGGCAUCUCUCAGUCACUUAGCGAGCGUCUUCAGAAAAUCAUUAGGUCCAAGGUACAGGUACCUAACCAUGUCAAAAACACACAGAGGGAGGCAUCAACAAAUAAAACACAGCUGGAAAAUGUUAAUGGGAAUGAAAAUAAAACAAAAGAACAGUUAAAGAAAUUGCCUGCUGUAAGGAAAGGGAAUUCAAAGAUGGUGACCGCAAGUGACGCGACAGAACGGACAAGCAAAGGUGUACAGAGACUGGUAAGGACAAAUAAAACUGAUAUUGACAGCCGCUUCAAAAAACGGACCAUUAUCAAAAUCACCGACAGCAAUAGUCAAAACAGAAAAAAUGAGAAAAAGGCAAAAAUUGAAUCACAUGUUGAUGGAAAAGUAAAUACCGUACGUAAAUCAUUCGACACGCAAGUAACCACAGACCACAUUAAUACAAAUAGUAUUGCAGAUCAUGGGAACACAAGCGUUACUGAGGUUCACGUUACUCAACACGAUGGUUAUGUAAAAAAGCAUCUACAGACAGAGAAAAAGCCAAUAAUAGACAAAAAUAGCAAUUCAUCGCAGAAAUCUGACUGUGCCACAGAAAAACAAAAUGUCCCCAACUUAAAUUUGCAAAUGAGAAAGAAUAAAAGUGACAUUGAUCAACAAACACCACAAAUGCAAAAUCAUCCUAGAGUGCCAAUCACUGAAAUUAAAAACAUCCCAUCUACGCCGAGUUCUUCUAAUAUGCCUAACUUUGAACGGAAAAAACAUUUGCCAACAAAAAAGCAUUCAUCAGGUACAACGGAAUACCACCAAGUACCUAACUCAGGAAACCAUCACAAUCUAUCAAUGUCCAAAGUAAACAGUAGUUUUUAUAUGAAAGAACAUCUUCCAAAGAUCCCGACACACCGAAAUAACUCUGGAAUGUCAAUAAUGGGAAACCGCCAGCCUGGCCUGCCCAUUGCCAAAAGGAAAAUUGAUUUAUCAACAAAAAGGCAUUUUAGGGAAACGAUAAAGUACGACCAAGUGCACAACGGCGAAAAGCCAAAUGAUAAGCCAAUUUUCGAAGAGAAAAAUAGUCUAUCUAUAAAGGAAGAUAUCUUGAAGACACCGACAAGCCAUCAAAUGUCAACAAUGGGGAAACGUCAUGAUCUGCCAAUUCCCAAGGCAAAAAGUGUUACAUUUAGAAAUGAACAUGUAACAAAGACUACAAAAAAUCAACAAAUAUCAUCACUGGAAAAUAAAAAUUCCAACUUUAAUCCUCAAUACAGAAGCGAAAACAUCAGGUUUUCCCAGUUUUCUUCACUGUCAAGAAAUCAUCCAGCAAAUGUUUUCAGUGAAAAAGAGUAUACUGGAGAACUACCUCAUAGGCAAUUCAAAAGGAACCAUGAUAGAUUUGUAAAACCCCGCUCUCCAGUUCCAAGAAAAACCAAACAAGAGUUGUCAACAUCAAUAUUUACCUUUAGCCUCCCAAAGCAAGUUCAUGAACAUGAACAAAUGAAACAUCGCAGGUCUUUUAAUCCUGUUUUUCGACAAAAUAAAAAGAAAUUUUCUUUAACGCCUUCUGAGAAUCAAAUAAUUCGACCUCGAUCUUUCGGAAUAGGAUCCAUACAGGGAAAAGGUAUGUUGACGAAUAAACCGACGACGCAGGUCACGAAUUCAUGGAAAAGACCUGUUCCAGAAACACAUGUUGCUUGGGAAAAUAUACCAAAACAAAAUACACAAAUAUCACAACCCCCAAAUGCAAUGUAUGAUCAGCAGAAUCUACAAUCCUCAAACAAUUAUUAUUUCGACAAUAUUAACCAGGAAACUCUUCCAGUCGAAAGACAAUAUCCACAGAAUUCUCCUGGACAGCUUCCUGGAAUGUCGUCUUUUCAUAACGAGCAAACAUGGAACAAAGAGUUUUCUUCUGGAUCAAAUAAUCAGCUACAGCAUCAAAAUCAGCAAAAUCCCGAUAGAUUGACAAUUAGUUUUCAAGGAUCCAAUAAGCCGGACAAAACAAAGACACUAAUAGGAUCAAAUGAGCCCUUCAGUAAUUCGAGAAUAAACAAUAAUGGGAAGAGACCUCGCGUCACCAGAACAGGCAAUUUAUCAGGAAUAAAAUCAGGUUUAUUAAACAUUGACAUGUAUGUUCCAGGUACGCAAAAAGAAAGGAAGUUUUCUUCUCAAAAGUGGCCAUCAAAACCAAGUGUUGUGUACUCAAAGUUUCAGGAUAAUUCUCAAAAGAUUUUCCUGAAAAGCAGGCAACAGUCCUCACCACAGAAAACAAGAAAAGACAAAAACUCUCAGUCUAAACAAAGGUUUAAUCAUCCAAGUGUUGUAUACUCCAGUUUUAGGGAUAACUCACAAAAACAAAACUGGGAUACACAGAACCACUGGAAUAAACCCAACGGCAUACGAAGUCAAAGCUUUAACGAUAACACUGUAACACAUACUAAUAAUAAUUUUAUACACAUUACCACAUCAUCUCCAUAUUUUUAUCCUACUUCUUCUCCAUCAAUGUAUGUACCUCCAAACAAGCCAGAUUCUCAGCAGAUACAUACUUUUACUCGAAACAAAGCAAGAGCUGGACAGAACCGUGGAUGGAAUGGUAUCACAACGCCCUUGUAUGAUAAACAGAAAUCAGUAAAAUAUUCAAAAUUUGGAGAUGCUUCUUUCUAUAAUCACAAGCCUAAUCAAAUGACUACUCCGUCCGAAAUAACAAUUGCACCUAAUUUUUUAUUCAACCAGCCACCCAAAUCACAACAGUCAUCGCAGUACAGACUAAAUUCAAAUUCACAAAAUUCCGUACGUGGCAUGCCGCUAUAUGAAGAGAGAAAGAUAAAUCAGAAUACAUGGUACUAUUCUUCUACUAUUCCUCCUACACAAGCACCAGUACCGACAACAUAUCAAAAUGCAUUUAUGAUAGAAGAGAUGUAUGCCACGAAGGCACCGAACGAAUGGACGCGAGCUGGCAUUGAUAACCGAAAUAUUGAAAACCAGUAUAUUUAUAGUACCAAAACGCCAAUGGAUAAUCAACAGCAGCAGUAUCAAAACCAACAAAUGCACCAGCAAAAUAACAACAACCAGCAGUUUAAAACACAGCAUGAUGUGUAUCAGCAACAAUCCAUUCAAUCCAACCAACAAAAUGGACAACAAAUGAAUCAAGAUUUUCAAACACGACAAACAUAUCCACAAAAAUAUAAAGAAACGCAGUUAAAUAACCAAGAUUUUUCCUCAAAUCCUGGACAAUUUCAAACACAGAACGAGAAAACAAGCCAAACGAAAUCGUUCUUCAAUCAACAACAAACUCCCAACAAUAAAAUCAGUAAUGAAAACCCAUCUCUAGUUCAAAAACAACAUUUUAACGGACAACAAACCGAGUACUUUGGUCAACAACAACAAGCGUUAUCAAACCAACAACAGUCAAGUCAACAUCAAAAUCAGCAAUUCAAUCAAGGACAGCAAAAUUCUUUCCAGAAAUAUGAAAAAUCGAGUCUACAGCAAAACGAGAGUUUUGGUCGGCAAACACAAAGCCAACAACCAAACCAAUAUCAAAAUGAGAAAACUGGAAAUCUACAAAAUAAACGACAGAAGCAAGUAGUUGAUCAGACAACCGGAGAAAUAGGUUAUCAGCAACAAAACUUGCCUGAAAUACAACAAAAUCAACAACCAAAUCAACAGCAAAAUAGAGUAAACCAACAACAAAAUUUGUUUGGAAAUCAACGAUACCAACAACCAAUUCAUCAGCAAACUGGAGGAACCCCUCGAAAGCAACAAAACUCGCUGGAUAGUAAUCCAUCAGUUCAACAGCAAAAUAGGCAACCUGAUCAACAGUUUCAAAAUUCGUUUGGAAAUCCUCACCAACAAAACAAUCAAUCACAAACUGUGCAUAUGGGUCAACAACAACAAAACCUGAAUGGUAUUCAACAGCAACAGCCAACCGAACACCAAAACACACAAGGAAACUCUCCACAAAAUAAAAAUCAUUUGAAACCUUCAGACCAACCUCAACAAGAAAACAAAUUCAAUCCAAACCAACAAAUGUAUUCUGUUCAGCAGCAACAAUCCAACAGCCUGCAAAACAACCAGCAGAACACGAGAUUUCCACAACAGAUGCAAGAUCAACAGCAAGUAAAUGGUUUCCUUUCAAAUCAACAAGGACAAAGUUUUCAACACCAACAACAGCAAAAUCAGCAGCCAGUUAAUCAGCAACCAAGUAAUAAUGGUAGAAACAUGGAUAACAAUUUCCAAAUAAAUACAAGACAAGAAAGACGGAGGCCAAAGAAUAUUCCAGCGCCUGCUUACUUGACAUUCGGCGUGUACUAUCCAGACGGUACAACCACGGAAGAGGAGCAUGAGCUGUUGAGUAAAUCUAUCCACACCAUUACAACAUAUGACGCUGAAAACAGCUCACUUAUAUCGGACUACCUGACGAUGGACCACGGAUGGAAUACAUUUGGAUUGGUGUCGCAAGGCAGCAACGCAGACACCUGUUAUGUUGGGAAAUUACAACCGGAUCUCAUGAAAUCAUUUGAGGAGAUGGUGAACAAGACACGAUUCUCCGAUAUUCCAUUUAUUGAGGCAAACUCCAAUAGUUUCGCGUACACAGAAGUACGACAAAUCGAUUAUAAUCAGGCUGUUUAUGAAGUUGGGGGGUUCGUCUCAGAUUCGUGUGGAGGCAGAGCCAAUAUCUUCCUGGUAGAAAGACCUCGUCAUGGACGGUUCAAGGCCGGCAGAAUGUUCAUCCCUCCCACUGCAUGUUCAUUCGGUCCUCCUCAGCAACGUAUGAACAAUGGCUUGUUGAAGUGUAGCAUGGGGACUUGUCGUGGAAAUUACAGUUGCAACACAAAAUACAACAUAUGUUGCCCAAAAAGGCCAAACAAUACAAGAUGUCGGAAGAUGUCGAUAGGGAAGUUUUGUGUGAUCCACGCGCCGCAGUACGGUUACUACCCGGGCUGAGGAACUGUUCAGCUAAAAACACUUACGUACUCUUUCCAUAAGCCGGGGAUGAAACCAUCCUCGGCAUCUGAUUACAUGAAAAGUCCCCAAGUAACCCGUCUUUGUAUGCAGUGCUUGUUUUCUUGGUGCCAAAUUAUGAAAGAAUUUCUUCAAAUCUGUUUCAUGCUAUUUGAAAUAAAAUGUUCAAACAUUUUUAAGAAAUUAUAUACU